AUGAACUUCCUAAUGGGUUCUGGAGAACCAGGCGAUGGAGCCGAACCCAGAGGGGCAGCCUCCGUGGCUUCCUCCUGCGAGCGCACGAGGUCCCCUCUACGACAACCCGAGCCAUCCUCACGCUCCCAAGAGAGACGCCCCUUUGGGGGAAUAGGCAGCGAUAGCGCUAGGAUAAUACAGGAACUACGACAUAGGGUGCAGAACUUGGAACGUCAGCUGGCAGAUCAGGGACGUUGUCAACAAACUCCCGAACCAAACUAUUCGCGAUCUCCCGAGAGACGGGGGAGAACUCCUCAGAAAAGUCGCUCCCGGUGCACACCGAGCCCACGGUCUGAAUCGGAUAGUCCCCAAGAGGAGAAUCGGGAGGCGCCAAGAAGACGCCGAGACCCCCCUGAUAUACAACCGACGUACGGAUAG